GUGGGAGGGGAUUUGCGCUGGGUCUUUUCUGAAUGCGGGCGGCUUUCCCAACAGUGUGACUGCAAUCACAGGCUGAUUCACUCCUAAACUCACCAUCUCACCGACCAUGAAGAUCUGGACAUCGGAACACAUUUUCAACCAUCCUUGGGAGACUGUCACCAAGGCUGCUAUGCAGAAGUACCCCAACCCCAUGAACCCCAGUGUGUUUGGGGUGGAUGUGUUGGACCGUAGCGUGGACACGCGGGGACGCCUGCACAGCAACAGACUGCUCAGCGCUGAGUGGGGCCUGCCCUCCAUCGUCAAAUCAAUCAUUGGCAGAACACAGACGUGCACGUACAUCCAGGAGCAUUCUGUAGUGGACCCCGUUGAAAGGACAUUCGAGCUUCAAUCUUCAAAUAUCACAUUCACUAACAUGGUGUCAGUGGAUGAGAAGCUUACAUACAGACCACACCCUGAUGACCCAGAGAAGACGAUAUUGACCCAAGAAGCUCUCAUCUCAGUCAAAGGGGUCAGUCUGAGUAGCUACCUUGAGGGAGUUUUGGCUAGCACCAUCUCUGCAAACGCAGGCAAGGGUCGUGAGGCGAUGGAGUGGGUGAUCAGGAAGCUAAAUGCAGAGAUCGAAGAGUUGGCAGCUGCAGCCCGCGGCACCAUGAGGACGCCCAUGGCUGCUGCUAUGACUGCAGAGAAAUGAAACAUCCUCCACCCUCUGCAUUCCCAGUCUGGGGACAUUGUUCUUCUGUGCCAGAACAGACUCCACCUCCCUUUGUGCUGCUCUGAUUCUCAUUAACUGGCCAGCCAGGCAUCACAUCUCCAAGUUUGAUUACAAUUCAAGUACUGUAUUUAUUAUUAAUAUUUAUUAUUAUUAUUUAAGUACUAACUGAAAUGAAGGGAACAACGGUAAUCCUAAUAUCUAUUUUUGAACAUUUUUAUAGAAAAAAUAAACUCCUAGAGCACCAUCUCAAAUGCAGUGUCUGUUGGAGUAGAAUCUAAAUAUGCUCAGUUGCUCUGUGCCCAAGAUGGAGACUAGAGCAGGGUCAUGCUAUGUUAUGCCAUUAUUAUUAGAAUGCACUAGUACUAGGUAAUAGCCUCAGGGACAGUGUAAAAUAUAGAGGACGGUUCAGAGAGUAACAACUUGGUUCUGUACCGAACUUGAUGGACAGUGCUAGCCUGGUCCCAGAGUUGGCAAGAGAGCACAAACAGAUCUGGGACCAGGCUAAGACCGCAGCAGAGGUUAUUGAAUAAUAAAUCCUGGGUGACCUGUCCCUUUUAACAGACAGAACAAGAACAGUUUCAACAUGCUGCAUUUGAGGCUGUUUUCCUGCGGAAAGUUGCACCUAAAUUUAAGAAUGGUAAGGCGUGGUCUGGGUUUUUCAUACUGUUAUCAUUUUACAGUGACAUUUGAGUGAAAUCAUUGACACGGGGGAGUGAAAUGUAACUUUGGGAAGAAUUAACAGAUAAGAAACAUAUGGUUGCAUGAGUCCUCACUGAAUGUUUCCAAUGUUCUUGGGUGCCUCAGAAGUUUGACCCUCUGCCAGCACAACAUGUCUGUGUUCGCAGAGUAUUAUGGCCCCGACAAUGAAUGCAUUUUCUAAUGCACAUACUGUACAGAAGAGAUGGGUUGUGCUCUGGCUCCUCCAGUAAUGUUCUGCAUUCUCUCCCAAGAGUCCAAAUAUUUAAAUAAUAUAAAAUAACUGUUUUGGCUAAAUGUGCCAUACUGCUAUAGCCUCAGUAUGUUAUGGAAAUGUCUGCUAUGUUUGACGUAUGGAGAGAAUAUUUAUUUUAUUUAUAUAGAGGGAUGAAUGUGUUUUAAUUUGGUUGUAACCAAUGGUACUUAUUGUCAGUGUUACUUACUGACUGGGAUGUCAAGUAUAUAUUCUAGAUCAUAACGAUGUUGAGGCGAUCAAAUACCUCUGCUACCAACUGUCUAAGGGCCGGUUUCCCGUACGCAGAUCAAGUUUAGCACUGGACUAUUGAAAUAGCUUUUUAAUCCAGGACUAGGCGUAAUCUGGGCAAACCGGCCCAUAAUGUUUUGUCUUGGGUCUAUGGUGAAAACUUGUGUUGUCGAGGGAGAUACGUCAAGGAAAGAAUGAUGCUACAUGUGAUGUAUGCAUUCCAAAAACCAUGCCAGUUUGCAUUGUCAAUACAAAUGGUUUAUUUUCCGUUGCCAGAGCCAAAGUUCUAAUAUGCUUUAAAGUGGUAAUGUCAAAUAGUCUAGGUUGGUUAUUUGUCAAUGAAUGUUCUGUUCUGACAUUACCUGAUGUGAGAAUGAAGGGACAUGUUGAUCGUUAUAACGUUCAGAUGUGUAAGGAGUAAUUUGUGGGUGUUUUUAACCCAUAUUUAGAAUAAAAUGACAACUUAACUCUACACCUGCACAACAAUACAACUUAGUUGGUGCUGAAGUGAUAAUGGAUUGAAAUGAUUCUGUAAACUCAAGUUCCAAACGGUCAAACAGAAAUGAAGACCAGGCGUGUUGGUUUACAUGAAAAAAAAUAAAGUCCUCUGAAAUA